AUGGUAUACAUACACAUGUAUCAAAUUUUUGAAUAUAAAUGUUUUAAAAAUUGUGAUAAUCUGAGUAGUGUAGUAAUCCCAUCAAAUGUCACAUCAUUUGGAGAAUAUUGUUUUUAUGGAUGUGAUAGUUUAAGCGGCAUUGAUAUGCCCUCAAUACAAAAAAUUGGCAAAGAAUGUUUCGAAAAUUGUUCAAGUCUCAAAAAUAUCAUUUUACCAUAUAGUGUUCUUUCAAUUGGUUUUGGUUGUUUCCAAAAUUGUUGUAAUUUAAAAAGUGUAGAAAUAGCAGCAAGUGUCACAUCAAUUGAUGAUUAUUGUUUUAUUGGAUGUAUCAAUUUAACAAGCAUUACAAUACCCACUAGUGUGAAAACAAUAAGUGAUUGUUGUUUCUGUAGAUGUAGCAGUCUUAAAAGUUUAUCAAUACCAUCCAGUGUCAUUUCAAUUAAUAAUGAUUGUUUCCUUCAAUGUGUCAGUUUAAGUAAUAUUAAUAUACCAACAAGUGUCACAGCAAUCGGUAACCGAUGUUUUUACAACUGUCUCAGUCUCAGUAAUAUAAAAAUACCGUCAAGUGUGAUUACUAUUGGUGAAUUUUGUUUUUAUGAAUGUUGUUGUUUAAACAGUGUUGAUUUAUCAACAAGUGUUACAUCUAUUGGUUACGCAUGUUUCAAAGGUUGUAGCAGUUUGAGCAACGUAGUUACUCCAUCAAGUGUAAAAAACACAUCAAAAUUAUUCUAA